AUGCGCAGAAGACGGGUUUGUCCGGUCAGACUGAAGGCACCGCUCUCACUCACACUUCACCCCGAAGAACCGCCACGACCCACACGGACCAGGGCACAGGACAGGACGCCACUGGGGCAGGGGCACUGGGGCACUUGGAAGUUUAAAAGAUGGAUCAUUUUUCCAGCAACAACCGGUUCCGCUCUGCGAUGUUCCACCACGAUGACGAGGUAA